AUGGUCAACUUCCGGCCCCUCCUUCCUCGGGGGACUUCCAUAUAUGGUUCUUCCGGCCCCUCCUUCCUCGGGGGACUUCCAUUUAAGGGUACACCUCGUUUGCCUGCAUUCUCAGUGGAUGCUGACUUCGUUAUUGGAGGUGUUUUCUUCAUUAACUUCAAAGUGCAAACAGUACUUAAUAACUACACCACCAAGCCAGAACCUGCAAAGUGCACAGGGAGCAUUAAUGCUCGGGAACUUCGCUUCUCUCGAACAAUGAUUUUUGCCAUUGAGGAGAUAAACAACAGCACAAAGCUGCUUCCAGGCAUCAAACUUGGUUAUCAGAUAUAUGAUUCUUGUGCCUCUGGGCUUGUGGCAGCCCACAUAGCUUUUCAGUUAGCAAGUGGUCAGGAACCUAUGUUCUACAAAGACAGCAAUUGUUCCCAAACUGGCAUUAUAAUGGGUAUUGUCGGAGACUCUGGGUCCACAACAUCCAUCAGCAUGGCACAUAUUAUUGGACGCUUCAACAUCCCUCAAGUGAGCCACUUUGCCACCUGUACCUGCCUGUCAGAUAAGCAGCAGUUUCCAACAUUUUUCAGAACAAUUCCCAGUGAUCAGUUCCAAGCUGAUGCUCUAGCCAAGUUGGUGAAACACUUUGGUUGGACUUGGAUUGGUGCUGUUCGCUCUGACUCAGAUUAUGGAAAUUAUGGCAUGGCAUCUUUUCUUGCUGCAGCACAGAGAGAGGGGAUCUGUGUGGAGUACUCUGAAUCCUUUUAUCGAACUGACUCACGUAGCAAAAUCCAGAGAGUAGCUGAUGUUAUCCGCAGGUCAACAGCGCUGGUUGUUGUGGCUUUUACUGCUUCUGGAGAUAUGAAGGUUCUGUUAGAGGAGCUGGCUCUGGAUCCCCCACCACCUCGUCAGUGGAUAGGAAGUGAGGGAUGGAUAACUGAUCCACUCUUGAUACGUUUCAGUUUCUGUGCAGGAGCCAUUGGAGUUGCCAUUCAGAAAUCUGUCAUCCCAGGUCUGAGAGACUUCCUGCUGGAUCUCUCUCCCAGUGAUGUAGCUGCCUCCUCAGUGCUUACUGAGUUCUGGGAGGAUGCAUUUAACUGCACACUGACACAAAGGGCUAUGUCAAACAAAAGAGUGUGUGAUGGAACUGAAGACAUAACAUUGCUAAAAAACCCGUACACUGACACAUCCCAGUUAAGAGUUUCUAACAUGGUGUACAAGGCUGUUUAUGCAGUAGCUCAUGCCAUUCACAAAGCAGUGUGUGAGGAAACAAAUGCUACCACUCAGUGUGACAAACACAAGGUCAAUUUCAAACAGGUGUUUACUGCUCUAAAAAAAGUCAACUUUUCCCAAAACGGUUAUCCUGUGUCAUUUGAUGCUAAUGGGGAUCCGGUUGCUUUUUAUGAGCUGGUCAACUGGAAGAAGAAAGAGAAUGGAGCUAUUGAACUGGUAACAGUAGGAUAUUAUGAUGCAUCACUGCCAAAAGGCCAGGAGUUCCAUAUCAACCAAAAUAUAACCUGGGUGGAAGGAGGCGUUCAAGUACCAGUGUCAGUGUGCUCUGAAAGUUGUUCUCCAGGAACUCGUAAAGUGUUGCAGAAAGGAAAACCCAUCUGCUGCUAUGAUUGUAUACCAUGUCCUGAAGGAGAGAUCAGUAAUACAACAGAUUCUCCUGAUUGCUUCCCAUGUCCCAGUGAAUUUGGGCCUAAUGUUCAACGAGAUGCUUGUUUUCCCAAACCUGUUGAGUUUCUUUCAUUUGAUGAAGUCCUGGCAAUCAUCUUGGCUGCAUUAUCUGUUUUUGGAGCCUGUCUGGCCAUCAUAACAGCAGCUAUCUUCUAUCAUCACAGAACAACUCCAAUUGUCAGAGCCAACAACUCUGAGCUGAGCUUCUUGUUGCUCUUCUCUCUGACUCUGUGUUUCUUAUGUUCAUUAACUUUCAUUGGAGCUCCCUCUGAGUGGUCCUGCAUGCUGAGACACACAGCGUUUGGUAUCAUCUUUGUUCUCUGUAUCUCCUGUGUUCUUGGCAAAACUAUAGUGGUUUUAAUGGCCUUUAAAGCUACACUUCCAGGUAGUAAUGUCAUGAAAUGGUUUGGGCCUCCACAACAAAGGAUGACUGUAGUGUUUUUCACAUUUAUUCAGGUUUUAAUUUGUACUGUUUGGUUGGUUGUCAGCCCUCCAUUUCCAAUGAAAAACCUGAGCACAUACAAGGAGAAGAUCAUCCUGGAAUGUGCAUUAGGCUCUGCUGUUGGCUUCUGGGCUGUGCUCGGCUACAUURGCCUGCUGGCUGUUUUUUGCUUUGUGUUAGCUGUUCUAGCUCGGAAACUACCUGAUAAUUUUAAUGAAGCCAAGCUGAUAACCUUCAGCAUGCUGAUAKUCUGUGCAGUGUGGAUCACCUUCAUCCCAGCAUAUGUCAGCUCUCCUGGAAAAUUUACUGUGGCUGUGGAGAUAUUUGCCAUCCUGGCCUCCAGUUUUGGACUGAUACUGUGUAUAUUUGCUCCAAAGUGUUUCAUGAUACUGUUCCACCCAGAGAAGAACUCAAAAAAAUAUUUAAUGAAUAAAAACUAAUUGUAAAAUAUCAGAGGUUUUGAAA